CUUCUUGCAAACUCCUUGUAGCUCUCGCGUCGCACUUUCGUCCUCGUUUCUCCGUACUCAGCUCUCAGUACCCCGGUCCUGAGUGACCCCCAUCUUGGGCUCCAUUUGGCCGACGACGGCGGCGGCGGCGGCGGCGGCGGCGGCCGACCGAAGGCUUCGAUCAAUCAAGCUAUAGAGUGCACCGAAGCUUCAAAUGGUGUGCUUCCUGAUGAAUGUCUUCAAGCAGUUAUUACCGGCCAAACAUGAUAUCGGCGGUGCCUUCAAGUAUGGUGCAGCAUUCUCCUCAUGCUUCCGCCGCUUAUCCACCGAUACUGUCAUGGAGGUUCAUUCUCAAGAGCAGGAAGUUGUAAUCGCUCUAGGCAGCAAUGUGGGUGACAGACUGAACAAUUUCAACGAAGCUUUGGACUUGAUGAAGAAGUCCGGCAUACACAUUACAAGGCAUGGCUGUUUGUACGAGACAGCGCCUGCUUAUGUCACUGAUCAACCUCAGUUUCUGAACUCCGCUGUGAGAGCAGUCACAACUCUUGGGCCCCAUGAAUUACUACACCAACUUAAGACAAUUGAAAAGGACAUGGGUCGCAUGAAUGGGAUCAGGUAUGGCCCGAGGCCAAUUGACUUGGAUAUAUUGUUCUAUGGGAAGUUUAGAAUUAACUCUGACACACUUGUAGUCCCUCACGAGAGAAUAUGGGAGAGACCAUUUGUGAUGGCUCCACUGAUGGAUUUGAUUGGAUCAACUGUUGACAGUGAUGUAGUGGCGUCUUGGCAUUCUCUGUCGAUACAUUCAGGUAGUCUUUGUGACUCGUGGAAUAAACUGGGAGGUGAAUCUUUGAUUGGAAAGGAAGGACUCAAAAGAGUUUUACCCAUCAGAAAUGACCUCCUUUGGGACUGGUCAGAGAGAACGUUUGUUAUGGGUGUUCUCAACCUAACACCAGAUAGUUUUAGUGAUGGAGGGAAGUUCCAAAGUGUGGAAGCUGCGAUUUCCCAGGUCCGUUUGAUGAUUUCGGAGGGGGCAGAUAUAAUUGAUCUUGGGGCCCAAUCUACUAGGCCUAGGGCAGAUCGGAUUUCUCCUAGAGAAGAACUAGAGAGAUUGAUUCCAAUUUUAGAAGCUGUCCUGGAAAUGCCUGAGAUGGAGGGGAAGCUUGUCUCCAUUGACACAUUUUACUCGGAAGUUGCUUCAGAAGCAGUGAGGAAGGGGGCACAUAUUGUAAAUGAUGUAUCUGCAGGGAAAUUGGAUGACAAUAUGAUUCCUGUUGUUGCUGAUCUUAAGGUUCCUUAUGUUGCGAUGCACAUGAGGGGGGAUCCAUCUACUAUGCAAAAUAGAGAAAACCUCCAAUACGACGAUGUGUGUAAGCAGAUUGCAUCUGAGUUGUUUACUAGAGUGAAAGAUGCCGAGUUAUCUGGUAUACCAGCUUGGAGAAUAAUCUUGGACCCAGGAAUUGGAUUCUCAAAGAACAUUGAACAUAAUGUGGACAUUCUUGGGGGAUUACCAGCCAUUCGAGAAGAACUUGCGAGAAAAACCUUGGCUCUCUCUCAUGCUCCUUUACUGAUAGGACCUUCUAGAAAAAGAUUUCUAGGUGACGUUUGCGCUCGUCCAAUUGCCAUGGAGCGUGAUGCGGCAACGGUUGCUGCUGUCACUGCUGGAGUACUUGGCGGCGCAAAUAUUGUAAGGGUUCAUAAUGUCAGAGAUAACUCAGAUGCUGUGAAGCUUUGUGAUGUGAUGCUGAAAAGGAGGAGCUCCACUGCAUAGUACAUCUGGCCUGCUGUUGUCCAUUGGCUUAGGGUUUAUUUGUUUUGGGAAAAACCUCAUGAUAAUGGCAAAUGUUUUUCGGGAAACCAAUUUUUGGGAAAUGUUUUCCCCUUUUCAGGUAGGGAUAUCAUUUCACUAACUUUAAGCAUGUAUACUUUCUCUGACAUUAAGUGACUUUCUGAUGAUUGAUCAUCUUCAGCAAAUCAAGCACAUGAAAGUCCUGAAAACUAAAUUCAGAAAAUUCUUUCACUCAACCAACAAGGGAAUGGGCUAUUGUACAACCCAGAGGUGUUAGUUAGCUAAGGUCACACUGUGCAAUGGAUUCUUCGGUGUUCAAGCAAGUUGAAUAAAGAACUCUGUAUACGUAUUGUUUUUCUGAAUUAAGUUGAAUUGCUUUGUUCUUUAUAAUGCAGCUCAUUGUUAAGAAGUCAAUGAUUUUCAGGGAAGUCUAUUGCCAAUUUUGAUGCGCUAAAGAGAAAGAAACAGGUUGCCUUGCAAUCGCUGCUGAAGGCUUUAGUUAAGAACAUGGCCUGUGAUAUAGUAGCAGUGCAUUUGCAUGAGCAACUGUCGGACAGUUAAAGAACCAUCUUCUUCACAAAUCAAUAUUCUCUGUGGUUUUUGUCACACUACAAGGCUCCGUGUUGGCAAUAGCUUCAGGAUUACCGUUUUCAAACUUUUCUUCAGCCGAGGACUUUCCCUCCAGUGGAUCUUCAAGAUUGUCAGAAGCUGAACUUCAAUGUGAUGAUCCAGUUGCUGAGUUCAGUACAAAAGCGUAUAAGGUACCCCCUUGAAUGCUACGUGAACUUUCACGACAUAUUGAUCUGCUACAGAGCACUGGACGCUCCACUGCAGUUAAUGGGAUUAGUGGGAGUGCAUUACACAACAUUAUCAGUCACGUGUAUGAAUUUUGGGAAACUUACUUUCAUUAAGGGCAUCUUUUCAUUCAUUGUAAUUAUGUUGGAAUGAUCAUUUGAGUGCCAA